AUGGACAGAAUUGGGGCCGUAGCAUACAGGUUGGCACUACCUUCUUUAGCUCGUAUUCACGACGUUUUUCAUGUUUCACAAUUGAAAAAAGCAACGUUCCCAAUUCCCAAUAGCCAACCUUUACCGGCAGCCCUCAACAAGGAUUUAAUUCUACAACUUGAACCUGAAGCAGUCCUUAAAAAAAGGAAACUUCUGAAUGGACAGUGGGAGGUGCUGAUUCACUGGAAAGGAUUACCGUCCUAUGAAAAUACAUGGGAGGAUUUUGACAUUAUUCACCACCAAUUUCCUUCUUUCCACCUUGAGGACAAGGUGGUUCUCCUUGGAGAGGGUAAUGAUGAACAACCAAGAGGGCUGUUUAUUUGCUUAUUGAGUACUGAUAGGACAAGGCUACUGGAAGUAUCUGUUCUGGUUGUAAUGUUCUGUGUGGGUAUUAAUAUAACUGGGAUUCAUGUCUUCUUUACAAUUUUAUUGUGUAAGAAUCCUGAAAAUAUGUUCAUUUUCUACGCUGCAAAUGUCGUUUGUUUGUUGUUGCAGCUCUCUUCAAACGAAGAGAAAGAAGCUGCUAGAUUUGCUCAGUUGUGGAACAAAAUAAUCAGUAGUUUCAGAGAGGAAGAUCUUAUAAGGAAUAGGGAAAUGGACUUGCUGCUUGUCCCAUAUUGGGCUGACCAUGAUUUGGACCUUAUUCAGUGGCCUCCUUUUCUGCUUGCAAGCAAGACAAAAAUUGCAUUAGAUAUGGCCAAGGAUAGUAAUGGUGAGGAUCAGGAGCUGAAGAAGAGAAUUGGGACUGACCCUUACAUGUCUUGUGCUGUUGAGCAAUGCUAUGCUUCAUUUAGGAACAUCAUUAUGUCCUUGGUUGAGGGGAUCGUGAGAAAAAGUAAGGUUAUAUAGUACAUGUUUGGUGAAGUUGAAAAACUUAUAGAAGAGGGUACAUUAAUUAGGGAAUGCAAAAAGAGUGGCCUUCCUAGCCUCUAUGAACACUUUGUGAAGCUAAUCAAAUAUUUGUUAGAUAAUAAACAAGAGGAUAAAGAUCAAGUUGAAAUUACUUUCCAGGACAUGCUGGAGGUGGUGUCAAGAUAUAUACUGAUGGAGGAUCAAAUACCCAGCUCCUUUUUUACAGGUGGUGUCAAGAGUUAUUUUUCUUGUCAAAAAAUAAUAGAUCAAAGUGUUUUAACUCCAUACUACACGGAGGAGGUUCUUUUCUCUUUGAAAGAGCUGGAAUCACCAAAUGAAGAUGGUGUUUCAAUCCUCUUUUAUUUGCAAAAGAUAUUUCCAGGUUUCUCCUUUGCUCCUAUUAUUUGGGUUAUUGAUGAAUGGAAUAACUUUCUUGAGCGAGUAAAAUGCCUUAGUGAAAAAGAACUUAAAGGAUCUGAUGAACUAGAAGAAGAGCUCCACCUCUGGGCAUCAUGUAGAGGCCAAACUUUGACUAGAACUGUGAGAGGUAUGAUGUACUAUCUGAAAGCUUUGGAACUGCAGGCUUUUCUUGGUAUGGCCCAACAUGAAGAUUUGAUGGAAGGCUAUAAGGCAAUCGAAUUAAAUGUGGAUGAUAACAAGGGGGAAAGAUCAUUGAUGACGCAGUGUCAAGCUGUUCCUGAUAUGAAAUUCACGUAUGUCGUUUCAUGCCAACAAUACGGUAUUCACAAGAGAUCUGGUGAUCAUCGUGCACAGGACAUUCUGAGGCUGAUGAUAACGUAUCCCUCACUUCGUGUAGCAUACAUUGAUGAGGUUGAAAAAUCUAGUGAAGACAGAUAAAAAAAGAUCAACCAGAAGAUCUAUUACUCUGUUUUGGUGAAGGCUGCACCAAAGUCAAUUGAUUCUCCAGAUCCAAUUCAAAGUUUGGACGAGGAAAUUUAUCGUAUAAAACAUCCUGGACCUGCUAUUUUGGGUGAGGGAAAGCCAGAAAAUCAACAUGCUAUUAUAUUCACCCGUGGAGAAGGCUUGCAAAUAAUAGAUAUGAACCAGGAUAAUUACAUGGAAGAAGCCUUAAAAAUGAGGAAUUUGCUGCAAGAAUUCCUUAAAAAGCAUGAUGGUGUGAGGUAUCCGACCAUUCUUGGACUUAGAGAGCAUAUAUUUACUGGAAGUGUUUCUUCACUUGCUUGGUUCAUGUCAAAUCAGGAGACCAGUUUUAUGACAAUUGGUCAAAGACUGUUAGCCAACCCUCUGAAGGUUAGAUUCCAUUAUGGUCAUCCUGAUGUGUUUGAUAGGCUCUUUCACCUUACCAGAGGAGGUGUCAGUAAAGCAUCCAAGGUUAUCAAUUUGACUGAAGACAGAUUUGCUGGUUUCAAUUCUACACUUCGAGAAGGCAAUGUUACCCAACAUGAAUACAUACAAGUCGGGAAGGGAAGGGAUGUCGGCCUGAGUCAGAUUUCUAUGUUUGAAUCUAAGAUAGCUAAUGGCAAUGGGGAGCAGUCACUGAGUCGGGAUAUAUAUUGGCUUGGACACCGGUUUGAUUUUUUCCGAAUGUUGUCAUGCUAUUUCACUACCAUUGGAUUCUACUUUGGUAUAUUGAUAACUGUGCUCACUGUGUAUGUGUUCCUGUAUGGUCGUCUCUAUCUUGUACUUAGUGUUGGAAAUUCAGACUUAAUUGAAAUCCCAGGAUUCUUGUAUUUAGCAAUAAUUAUAGGGAUAGUAGUAAUCAUAGGGAGCAAUUAUAGAGAUAGCAGUGAUCUGAUAGGACCACUCUAA